AUGGUUGGGGUUGUCUCCCGCGGCGCGCGCCUGACUUUUCUCAACGCGGAUCCUGCAGAGAGUGCGGCGUGCUCUUCGGCUUUAAAUGUCUCUCUGCAGCCGCACCAGGGAAAUGCGACCUGGGUUUACUUUGCUAGGGGCAAGUUCGCAUACUCGAACUCGAUCACAUUGGUCGGCGCCUCCGGCGUCACGUGGCCGAUGACGCUCACCUUCAGCUCUGAAUGCCCAAUCCAGCUGAUUGUACUCUUGGAUCAGUAUGGUGCAAUCGACCGAUGGUUCGUAUGGAUACCAACGACCGCCUACACUGCUACAGUAGUGGCUAUUCUCCUUCCUGUCGUUCUACUUCGUUCGAGACUUCCCGUUCACCUCGCCGGGAUCUGCUUGUUUUUGGUUUUUCUAGGGUUUUUCGGCUCUUGCAUUGGUCUUGUUGUCGAGCUGCUUCAAUGGCAGAGCGCGGUGGGAAGGCUGUAUCCUUUCCCGGACUCGGUUACGCUUUACUGUUGUCUUUGCCUGCUGUACACACUGCUGUUCGUGCCUGUUUUGUACCGCCAAGGAAACAACACAAUUCUCUUUAUGGGAGUAACUCGGCUCCUUAUUUUUGGGCUCAACUGUGCCCUGUGCGUCGGUUAUUGGGUAAUGGGUUUCGUAGUUUUGGGUUCUUUGGGAGUGCUUCAGUAUCUGGUCACCAAUUUUAUUCUAACCUACUACUAUGCGUACGUUUCCGUGUACCUGCGACGUGCAGUGAAGGGAUCGUCGUCCCUACCCAAGUUCUCGAACAACUUCGUGUAUCUCUGGUGCGCGCCUGUCACACCGUUCGCAUGCUGUGCGCUGAUGUACUACGACCUGUAUCUGCUCACUCACAGCAACGUUGAACGCGAUCCCGUGGCGGCUCGCAUGCGAGAUGUCGUUCGUAUCUACAACGUCCAGCUGUCAUUGCCGCUUCUGUUUUUUCAGAAUGUGUAUGGAGUCGCACUCCUGGCAACCGCGUGUGCUUAUCACAUGCCUUUUUUAACGCUUCUUUUUGUGGCUCUCCUCCUUUGGAUCGUGCACUCCAUUUACGUGGUUGAGCAGUGCACGAAAGAGUGGGCGCGGUGGCACCGGCGGGGCCUCUCUUUGGGAUUUUGCGGGUGCCUUUCUCUCCCUACCGCCAUGACGGCACUCCUCUCCCUGGAUUACGAAGCGAAUGCGUCAGGAACAGCCACUUUGCCUCCGCAAAGUGGGCUACAAGCUCCUCGACCGAAUCAGCACCAGAGAGGUAUCGCCGAGUAUCAGGCAGGAGAGGGACUUCACACCACUUCAACAGAGAAUGAUAGCAGCGAAGUGGUUCCCCCCUCUUUUCCGCCCUCUCAUCAUUCGGAGGAUGAUCAUAUAGCGACGCCCCAACGACGCCCCGGAAGUAACCCUGCGGGAUCCACUACUCUGCCUACAGAGCAUGUCAACGAUGUUCUGGAGUUCUGGCCGAACAGCGUGGAGAGGUAG